AUGUCGGGAAAGCGAAAACAUAGUGACGCUGAUGAUGUUGACGUAAGCAUGAACGGCGGAUCUGAGAGUGCGAGUGCCAAAAGCGAGGCCAGACCGAAGAAACGUGGUCGUCCACCAAAGCCCAAGCCGGAGGAGCAGCCCAAGCCGGAGGCGGAGAUGGAGGAUGAGCCAAAGAAGGACACGAAGGCCAUGAAGAUCCUGAAGAACUUGAUGCAAGUCGAACAAGACCUCACCACGGCCGAGGAGACGAAGAGAGCACACGAAGAGGGGGUGCAGAAGUGCGACGAGGACAUCAACAAGCUCAUGCCGAAGAAGCAGAAACUGAUGGACGACCUGAUCAAAGCAAACAAGCAAAAAGACGUCCAGGAACUUUCUACCGCCGCUGGUGCUGCUGCUGCUGAUGGCAAUGGCGGACAGAAGGACGGGAAGAAGGAGGGUGAGGGGAAUGGAGAGGAAGACAAGUGAGGGCGGAGGUGGGGUGCGCGAAGGCGGGCAGGGAUGCUGCAUGUAUUUCGUCUGUGCGUGUUGACUCACGACCCACUUGUCUGUGACGUUCCGUCUGUAUGUGUUGACCUCUGACCCGUUUGUGUCCCAACGAUGUACACACGCACGAGCACUCUCUCUGUCUCUCCGUGAAUCGACCGACUUAGAACAGCGUGUGAAAGC